GUGUUGAACCAGAGCCCUUUGCCAUUGGGGAUCAUCUAAUUGACGUCAGUGGGAAACUGAGCUUAUUGGACAAGCUUCUCUCAUUCCUGCAUGCUGGGUAUGUUGCAUUGCUAGUUUUUAGCCAAAUGCUAGAAGCAAAUAAUAAACAAUUUCCUUUCUUUAACUGCGAAGGGUACAGCUACGAGCGCCUGGAUGGCUCCGUCCGUGGCGAAGAGCGGCAUCUGGCCAUCAAGAACUUUGGCGCUCAGCCCGUCUUUGUCUUCCUCCUGAGCACCCGGGCAGGUGGAGUCGGCAUGAAUCUAACGGCGGCAGACACAGUGGUCUUUGUGGACAGUGACUUCAACCCACAGAACGACUUGCAGGCGUCCGCGAGAGCCCACAGGAUUGGCCAGGACAAGCCGGUAAAAAUAAUCCGCUUGAUCGGAGACACAGUGGAGGAAAUCAUCUUCAGGCGGGCCGUCUCGAAGCUGCAGCUCACCAGCAUCGUCAUCGAAGGGGGUCAGUUUGCACUCGGAGCCCAGAAGUCGCAGGGGGCAGCUGAGGAGCAGCUGAGUGAAAUUCUAAAAUUUGGUUUGGACCGACUGUUGUCCUUGGAUGGAAGCCCCCUCUGCGAUGUGGACCUGGGAUGUGUUCUCGGGGAAACACGAGGAGGAGAAUGGGUGAUGGAUCGUGUGCCACCACCCACAGAAGGAAAGGAAGACCAAGAAUCAGAAAGCCACAUGUACCUGUACGAAGGCAAAGACUACUCCAAGGACCCCAGCCGAGAAGAUCAGAAGGCCUUUGAGCAGUUGCUCGAUCUCCAGAAAACUCUGCUCGAAGAAGAAGGGAGAGCUCUCCGAAACAAAGCGAACAUUCUCGUCACUGGCAUUCCAGCAGGACCCAGUAAGAAAAACCGUAAGCUGGAUCCAGAAGAGCUGGAAGCUCGGCGUCAAAAACUCCAGGAGGCGGCAGCAAAGAAGGCCCAGCUGAAGGAAGAAAGGAGGCGGAAGAAGGCGGAAGCUGAGCACCAGAAGAAGAUGGCCUGGUGGGAAGCCAGCCAGUACAGAUCCAGUUGCCUUGAAUCAGAGGAGAGCAGUGAGGAGGAAGAGGAGGGGCAGAGGCCGGCGGUGGAUGUGGACUAUGCAGACCCAGAGCUGAGCGACAUCCAGUACGUCUUGGGCGAUGUCACCCACCCCCGGGCAGGAGAAGAGGACGCCAUCAUUGUGCACUGUGUGGACGACUCUGGGCGUUGGGGAAGAGGGGGCUUAUUCACGGCUUUGGAGAAUCGUUCUGACCAGCCAAGGAAAGUGUACGAGCUUGCCGGGAAGAUGGACGACUUGACGUUGGGAGGAACACUUUUAUUCCCUGUGGAUGACAAAGAGUCGAGAAACAAAGGCCAGGACUUGCUGGCUCUUGUCGUAGCCCAACACCGGGACCGUUCCAACAAUUUGUCCGGGAUUAAGCUCUCUGCUUUGGAAACAGGAUUAAAGAAGCUGUACCGGGCAGCCAAGGAAAGGGGUGCAAGCGUCCACCUUCCCCGCAUUGGCUAUGCCACCAAAGGCUUCAAUUGGUAUGGAACGGAGCGUCUCAUUCGAAAACACUUGGCCAGAAGAAGAAUCCCCACCUUUGUCUACUACUUCCCUCGGAAUAAAGCAUCGGCGUCUUCACAAGCCUUCACAUCGUCGGCACCAAAUCCAUAGCCCUGAAGAGAGUCUCCGCAGAACAAGCCUGUUUUCUUGUGCCUUUUGUGAACUGUUAAAAUGCAAUAAAAACUCCAGCGUGGAGAAUUUCU